AUGCGAAUGGUGACUAAAGAAUCGCAAGGACAAGAGAUGUGCCGAGAUGUUUUAAUGAGAGAAAACUGUGAAGAAUGGCCAUGUAACAAUCUGUGUACGCAGAAAUGGAAUGGAAGCGGCAUGUGUUUUCAAAACGAACAAAUAAAAAGUUGUCUCUGCACUUUUCCUUGCAAGAUUUGA